CUGAGCCUGAACUGUCGAAAAACCUCGUCAAUAGCUUACGUUUUAUUGGAAUUUCUUUGGAGAUGGAUGGACUGAAUAGGAUAGAGAGACAAAAGUUUCCUUUCAGUAUUGAAAACAUACUGAGCAAUUAUCCCACCACUAAUGGAGUAAGAAGGUCAUGUGGCGCAAGUGGCGCUGGACUGAAAGAGAGGGCACUGAGUCCGGUCGGAGGCCAGAGAGAGGCUGUUCAUCACACCUGCCCGUGCUGCUGCUACUGCUCCCACUGUGGAGACAUUUACCAGACGGAUUUCAUUCAGGAAGCCUGUCCCUACGCGUGGCCCCCAGCGAUGCUCACGGACCCAUGCAGGCUAGGAGACGCUCACAGGGAGGAGCCGUCCUCCGGUCAGGCGCAGAGGCGGACCAGGCGGCAUCGCACUAUUUUCACAGAGGAGCAGCUGGAUGCACUGGAGGAGCUGUUCCUGCAGAACCAGUAUCCAGAUGUGACCACGAGGGAGAAGCUAGCACAGCAUACUCACUUGAGGGAAGAAAGAGUAGAGGUUUGGUUUAAAAACCGAAGAGCAAAGUGGAGACGUCAAAAAAGACUACCCUUUUGUGUGGGAAACACAGAAAACUAAAUUUUGUACUGUAGCCUAUAUAUGGACCACAACAUUGAUCAAGGAAGAGAGAUAUGUAUGUGUGUUAACUUGAGUUACAUAAACACAAUGAUUCUUUAUUGUUGUAUAUCAUUGCCAGCUACAAAAAUA